AUGGAUGGAAGUCUGGAUAUUCGCCUGCCUUUCGUGCUCUUGAAUGGGCCUAUCCACUAUACACCGGAGCUGACAGGACUGGAAUAUUUGAAUGCAUCCUGGAGAGUGAUGAGACAAGAUCGGAGAGAGUUUUUAUCUGGAAACAUGGAGACACCUAUCUCACCAGUGUCGGACGGCCCAGACACUUACAACCCGAGGCUCUCCCAGCUAAUGGUCAACCGUCACAAGAACACGAAAGAAUGGUGGUCAAGGGAGCAAACCUGUGAGGACAUUUCUCGCAUCCCGAUGCCCAUUAUCUCUCACAGACACCUGUCUACAGAACACACUGUGAUCGGAGAGGGAUCUUUCGGUAUUGUCGCCAUCAGGACAAUGACGGGUGGCAAAGAGGUUGUUACCAAAUCAUUUGAAGAUGAUAUUUCUUCUGAGGACAUUUUAACGGAAGCCAGGCUUCUGGCUUGCCUCAGAGACACAGGUUGUGUGCCCACAAUGUUUGGGGUGUGUUACUCAAGCGACUUCAGGAUAUCUAUCGUACAGGAAUAUUGCGCUGCCGGUGUAACCCUGUAUGAUGUUCUCACAGACGAAGUCUAUGGUUUAUCAAACGACACCUGGUUGACAAUCAUCAAACAGAUAACCAGGGGACUGAGAGACAUUCACCGUAAAGGUGUGCUUCUGAAUGACUUGAAGGAAGACAAUGUACUCGUUGACAGUCGAUCCCCGAACGUCCGAGCUGUCUUCAUAGAUUUCGGACUGGCAACGUUCAAACAGGGCAGGCUGUAUCAUAUUUCUGAGGAAGAGAGACAACUCUGUGCUCAUCUGGCCCCAGAAGUUUUAACCGGUCAGCCGACCAGACCUUCUUCCGAUGUUUACAGCCUUGGCAGGAUGCUGGAGAAUAUUUCAUUCGAGUGUGACCUGUGUGGACUAUGUGCUAUCGCGGAUGGUUGUCUGGAUUGUGAGCCUCAACGACCCAGCACCGACUGUCUUGUUGACUGGGUGGACAGACUGGAUCCACUUCUCUGA